CCCGGAAGUUGACACUUCCUGACCCUGAUGCUAGUCCCCGGCUCUAGCUAGGGUAGCAACAAAUUAGAUUUUCACAGUUUGGGGAAACCUGUGAAAUACAGCGUGGUCAAGUCGUCUGAUUCAGUGGUGGGAGCAGAAGAGGUCGGACGGCACCAUGAACGGCCAGCUGGACCUGAGCGGGAAGCUGAUCAUCAAAGCCCAGUUGGGCGACGACAUCAGACGCAUCCCUAUUCACAAUGAAGACAUCACCUACGAUGAGCUAGUCCUGAUGAUGCAGCGUGUCUUCAGGGGCAAGCUGCAAAGCAACGACGAGGUCACCAUCAAAUACAAGGAUGAAGACGAUGACCUGAUCACCAUCUUCGACAGCUCCGACCUGUCCUUUGCCAUCCAGUGUAGUAGAAUACUCAAAUUGACUUUGUUUGUGAACGGUCAGCCGAGGCCUUUGGAAUCCAGUCAGGUGAAAUACCUGCGCAGAGAGCUCAUCGAGCUCAGGAAUAAAGUCAACAACCUCCUCGAUAGCCUGGAGCCUCCCACAGAGACCGGAUUAGCUGCUACGGCACCAGACAGUGAAUCGGUGGACGGACGUGAAGGAAAAGUCGUGGCGGCGGAUCCCACGCUGAAACACGCCACCCCGGUCAGCGCGGCCAGCAUGUCGGCCUUCGACCCUUUAAAAAACCAGGACGAAGUCAGCAAGAACGUCAUCUCGGCUUUCGGCCUCAGCGAGGACCAGGCUCCAGCGCCCCCUGCAGUUGCGCCAGAGGAGCGCUCAGGAACCCCUGACAGCAUUGCUUCCUCCUCAUCUGCAGCCCCUCAGCCUGGAGUGGCCCCCCAGCCGCAGGCUCCCUACGCUGGAGUGCAGCAGGGACCUCCAGCCGGCAUGGAUGGUCAGGUGUACCAGCAGUACCAGGCUCCAGGUGGAUACCCUCCUCAGCAACCAGGUGCCCCGCAACCGCAGCAGCAGCAGCAGUACGGCAUGCAGUACCCUGCAGGAUAUAACCCUCAGGCUGGAGCCCAUCAGCCUGGCCCGCCACAGCCGCAGCCGCAGCCGCAGCAGCAGCAGUUUCAGAACUACCCUCCUGCCUCCACCCAGGCCCCGGCCCCCGGUCAGGCCCCAGCUCCAGGUUUUCAGGGUGGGCAGCAGCAGCCCCAUCCGUCUCAGGGAGGCCAACAGUAUCCACCAGGAGCCUUCCCUCCCCAAAACUAUACCUCCCAGGCCACCCAGCCUGCCAACUACAACAUGCCGCCCAGUUCCCAGCCUGGCCCGGGGUAUCAAUCCCGCCCGGGAUUCACCCCGCCUCCGGGUAGCACGCCUCCACCCGGAGCUGCUAACCCAUACGCCCGUAACCGCCCCCCGUACGGCCAAGGCUACACUCAGCCGGGUCCAGGGUACCGGUAAAAGAGGAUAGUGGAUGUCGCUGAUCCUCACACACUCAAACCCCCCCUAUAUGUGGCUCCAACUGUUUGGAGGGUGAAGGUACUGCUUUGCACCUGCACCCUCACCCCCUUACAAAAUAUCAAUCCAAAUAUGAAACAAGCAAACCCCCCCUCUCCCUUCCCUCCCAGUCUGAUGGUUAGUGUUUGUACGCUGUCUCUCCAACGCACCGCUCCCUUCUGGCCCUGGUGAAUACUCCUUGUGUUCUCACCCCUCUCUCUCUCCUCUCCUGCCGCCCCCACUGUCUGCUCUGCCCUCUUGUAUCCGUCAUUGUAAAAAUAAAUAAAUAAAAUGUACCCGGUCUGUACGCACACACACCUGGGAGACCAAAACUGGGCUGCUGCACAAAACUGUCCGACGCUUCAUUUUUGUGAUCGAGAUCAAAUCUCAGCUGGAUCUCCCGACUUAACAUAGAUUCAGUCAUAAGACACUAUCUCAAUGAAAAGUUACCCAUUAGUCUUUUUUGUUUUGUUUUUUUGCUAUUUCUGAUCAACUUCACCACCAUGUCUGUAUUAACGAUGUGUCAAACAGCCCCGUGUUGGGAACACUAGCUAAGUGAUGGCUAAUGGGAGGUGUAGAUCACCAGUCAUGAAGAAGGCUUCUUUUGUUUUAGCUCUUAUAUCACCUCCAGUAAAUCUUGCUGUUCCUUUUUCUCUCUUUAUCACUGGUUUUUACUAAUAUAUCAAAUUCCACCUUCAUGUGAAAUUAGUUGUUUAUGUAUAAACUGUAACAUUUUUUUUUUUCUUGAACCUAAUAAAUGAUUGAGACCCUGUUGGA